CAGCUGAUUCCGACGUUUGUUCAGUCGCAAAAACGAAGCUGCGUCGACUACGUCAGUGUAGAACACCAUAAACACUGUCCAGAGGUCUUUAUUUCGAUUACACACACACACGAACACAAUCCCACGAAUCACGCCCGUAACAGCACUGCUGCGCCGUUGAUUGUUACGUUACGUGUGGCAAUUGAUCGCAGUCAAUCGCUUUGUGUGCCAUUGUCGACUAGUCUCUAGUCUCGUCUGUGUCCAGCGACUCCGACGGUCCUUCGCAUUGUCCGUGUCUGUCCGCACACGAUACCACACCCCCAAAUUUGUCACCGCCAUCGUGCAUCCGACAAAAUGGUUUUGUUGAAAACAACUGUGGUCGUCCUCCUGGCCGUUGCGUACGUAUCCGCCGCCAACUUGACCGCCGCCGUCAAGGCGCCGAAAGAACACGUCGAGCACAUCAGCGAGCUGUCCGUCGGUCCUGAACCAACUCAACCAUCCCCAGCUGGAAACACAACUGUGAAUCCACCAAUACCUAACAACUCAACUACAUCAAUACCGACUACUCAAAAGCCAACUACAACUACAACCACAACUACAACCCAACGUCCUACGUCAACUACACUAUCUCCAAAUGUUACAACUCAUGCACCAAAUGUGACAACAACCACUUCGAGUCCAAAUGUUACAACAACUACGUUGGGUCCAAAUGUUACGACCACUAUUCCUCCUACUCCAGAACCAACUCCAGCCCCAUCUCCUGCUAGAAGUUGGGAUGGUCCAAGUUUCUUAGGUGGCAUGGUCCUAGCUUUUGGUAUUGUUGCAGUCGGAUUUGUUGGAUACCGAUUCUUUUACUUGGGACGUGGUGGUGCCUACCAUACUUUGUGAACAUUGAUAAUCUGAUCAAAUAAUAAAAAAUAUAAUAUUUUUUUUAUAUAUAGGGCUAUUAAAUUUAAUUCAAAAACCUAUAUAAUUGUAAAAAUAUUUUACUGAUUAAUUAUUUUAAAAAUAGAGCACCCUUUCUCAAAAUUCAGUGCUCAUUAUUUAUUUUUAGUGGCAUAUUUAAAUGCUUCAUACAAAAUUAGGAAUUCGGAAACCCAAUGUAGGUAUUAGUAUUGUUUAUUCAGUUCAUAUUGUUUUUUUUUUUUAAAUAA